CCUGAUGAGUUCCUGCACAAACUUCAUUCCACUCCACAGAGGGAGAACAUAUGUUGGAGCCUCAACACAGACGAAACAGAAAGAGAAGACUUACAAAGCUCUCGGAGUGGAAAUAUUUUUUGGGGUUGGAUUACUUCUCUCAAGUCAGGGUCUUCGUGCUUUUGUAGAUGAGUGUGUAAGAAGUGUAGAUGUAAUUGAAACUUUUUUGUAGACAUGGAUGCAUCCUUUGCUGUGAGAUCUCUGUUCCUGGCACUUGUACUCUCUCUCAGCCUAAACCAUAACUUCCUCCUAGUUCAGACUGCAAUGGACUCCUGUUAUGAUGAAGAAGGCUCUCCGAGUCGCUGCAUGCCGAAAUUUGAAAAUAUUGCUUUCAAUCGUACUGUGAUGGCAUCAAACGUGUGCGGUUCCCCACCUGAGGACUUCUGUAUGCAGACAGGCUCAACACGCUCAUGCCACUACUGUGACGCAUCAGACCCUGAUCUGAGUCACCAUACCGGCCUCCUGACAGACUUCCACAGGAAUGAAGAGCCCACAUGGUGGCAGAGCCAGUCCAUGUUUUAUGGUAUCCAGCAUCCAAAUUCUGUCAACCUCACCCUCCACCUUGGAAAGGCUUUCGAGAUAACCUAUAUACGAUUGAAAUUCUACACCAGUCGGCCGGAGAGUUUCGCCAUCUACAAGCGCACACAGGAGGACGGGCCCUGGUUGCCUUACCAGUAUUACAGCGCCUCGUGUAAGAAGACCUAUCAGAAGGAUUCAAAGGGUUACAUUCGCCCAGGAGAUGAUGAGAGGACCGCUUUAUGUACGGAUGAGUUCAGCGAUAUCUCUCCGCUCACUGGAGGAAAUGUGGCUUUCUCAACGCUGGAGGGACGGCCCAGUGCGUACAACUUUGACCAAAGCCUGGUGCUGAAGGAAUGGGUGACAGCCACUGACCUGCUCAUCUCCUUAGACAGGCUCAACACUUUUGGAGACGAGUUCUUCAAGGACGCCAAAGUGUUGCGCUCAUACUACUAUGCCAUCUCAGAUUUCUCUGUGGGUGGAAGAUGUAAGUGUAACGGCCAUGCCAGCGAGUGUGUAGAGGGGGAACACGGUGGUCUGGUCUGUUCCUGCCACCAUCACACAGUGGGCGACGACUGCCAGAGAUGUCACCCGUUCUACCAGGACAGACCCUGGGCCAGGGCCACGGGGGACUCAGCCAACGAGUGUUUGAAGUGUAACUGCAGUGGAAGGUCAGACGAUUGCGUAUUCGACAUGGAGCAGUACAGGAGCACUGGCAGUGGGGGGCGCUGUGUGAGCUGCAGAGACAACACUGAUGGGCCCCAUUGUGAGCGCUGUAAAGGGAACCACUACAGGAAAUCUGCUGAGGAACACUGCCUGCCCUGCAACUGCAAUAUUAAUGGUUCAGUGGGUCUGCAGUGUGAUGUUGAAGGAAGGUGUGCAUGCCGUGUUGGCGUGACAGGAGAGAAAUGCGACACAUGCCAGGCUGGCUUCCAUUCCCUUGGCCCUGGUGGCUGCAGGCCAUGUGAGUGUGACCCCAGCGGCAGUUUGGACGUCUGCUCUCCUUUGGAUGGACGAUGUCAUUGUAAGAUGAACGUGGAGGGCCAGAGCUGUGACAGAUGCAUACCAGGCUUUUUCAACCUGCAGCCAGAAAACGAAGCAGGCUGCCUGCCGUGUUUCUGCUUCGGACACUCGCUGGCCUGCUACUCGUCCAAUCACUACACUGCUGUCAACAUCACCUCUGAUUUCACUGAAGAUCAGGAUGACUGGGUGGGCAAGUUCUCUGCAGGGCAGGAGUACCCCCUGCUGUGGAAGGAAGGGGAAGUCUACCUCCUGCCUCUAACAGAGGAAGACAUCGGCUUCUACAAAGCCCCUGAGAAAUUCCUGGGUCACCAAGCCUUCAGCUACGGCCAGCUCCUCUCCAUCACCUUCACCUCCGAGGCGGUCGAGCUGCUCCCCGACCAUGUCACCCUGUUCCUCCGUGGCUCCGGGAUCACCCUGUCAGCGGAUCUUUCACCCCAACGGGUGCUCGACUUUGAACCCGGCCUUGCACCGCGGCACUCAUUCAUUGUCAGACUUCACGAAAAUGAAAGAAGAUUUAAACCGUCAUUGUCUGCCUUUGAGUUCCAACAUCUCCUAUACAACGUGACAGCCCUCAGCAUUAGCAACGCAGGAGGACACAACUAUACAUCCCAGCUUGCAAAGAUAACCCUGACCACUGCUGUCAUCUCAUCUAGUCCAGCUGACCCUCCUGCCCCAUGGGUGGAAUCUUGUUCCUGUCCCUUGGGUUAUGCAGGCCAAUUCUGUGAGCAAUGUGCUCCGGGAUUCACUUGGGAAAUCCCUGGCAGGGGGCCCCUCUCUACAUGUGUGCCUUGCAACUGCCAUCAGCAUGGCACCUGUCAUCCAGAAACAGGUGUGUGUGGGUGCUCAGACUUUACCACCGGAAAGACCUGCGAGCACUGCCUGGACGGUUACUUUGGCAACGCUUUGAUUGGCACACCUGGUGAUUGUCAGCCCUGCCCUUGCCCGGACCAAACCAGCUGUGCUCAAAUUGCGCACACAGGGCAGGUGGUCUGUACCAACUGCCCCGCGGGACAGACAGGGAUUCGCUGUCAGAUGUGUGAAGAUGGUUACUAUGGAGACCCCCUGGGACGGUCUGGCCCUGCCCGAGCAUGUGUGAGAUGCGAGUGCAACGGCAAUGUGGACUUCAACGCCUUGGGGACAUGUGACCACGUCACGGGGCGAUGUCUGAAAUGUCUCGGACACACCGAAGGAGAGCACUGUGAACGCUGCCAGCGGGGUUAUUACGGCGACGCCCUGAACCAGACAGUUAGGCAGAAGUGCAAGCCAUGUGGCUGCAACCCUGCCGGAACAUCUGGGCAUAUAAAUGAAUGCCACCCUGAGACAGGAGGCUGUCAGUGCCUCGGCCAUGUGACUGGUCGAGAUUGCAGUUUUUGUGAAGUUGGCUUCUUCAACCUCCAACCACGUGUAGGAUGUGAAAGGUGCAAGUGCAAUCCGAUUGGCUCCACGUCUGUUGCGUGUCAUCCAGUCACAGGGCAGUGUGUGUGUAACGCAGGAGUGGAGGGGAGACUUUGUGAUUCUUGCCGUGUGGGCUUCUUUGGAUUCUCCUCACGAGGUUGCAGAGCCUGCAACUGUGACCCAAUGGGCUCCAUCUCCAUGCAGUGUCACAGCAACGGCACCUGCCACUGCCGCCAGGGUUUCGUAGGUUAUAAGUGUGACCAAUGUGAGUUGAACUAUUUCCACAACAGAGCCACACAUCAGUGCGAGGAAUGCCCGGUUUGCUACAGCCUUGUGAAGAAACAGGCGGAAAAGCUGAGGACUCGCCUGCAAGAUUUGGAGAAGCUCCUGGCCAGCUUCGAUUGCCGGGGUAGAUCUGGGAAGCAGCACCACCUGCUGAAGUAUCACAUGGCAAGGCUUCACGAGCAUGAGCACCAGAGGGAGGAUACUCUCCCAAACGCUCUGGAGGAUUUUCUCGCCUUCCAAGAAGCACGGGAGGCCUUCAUAAAACAAUUUUCCUUGCUGGAAGCUUCAACAGGCACACUCCUGGCUCAGCUCUAUGGUAUUACAUCUACUUUGAACUGCAGCAUCAGCAUGACAGAGGAGGAGAGGGAGGAGAGCAGAAAGGAUGGAGGGAGCAGGGCCGUGUGUCAAACCUUCACGGAGACUUUUCUCAUGAUCCGAGCGUCUCAGAAACAGCUAAAGCAGGCAACACUGGACCUGGACAACAUGAUCAUUCCUUUUGAGUUGGAGGCAGGACCGAACAAAUGGAACAUGAUGGUCAAUGACUCACAGGUCCUCAUGAAAAGUCACAGAGGAACAGCCGAGCACAUUGAGGACGUAGCCAGCAGGGCCGUUCAAGCCUCAAAGCAGACCUUCAGUUUCCUGAUGGAUCUGCUGCAGGACAACUCCACAGAGGAGUACAUCAGGAGCCUAACGGAGCAAUUAAAACAAAUACAGCAGCAGAAGGAGAACCUAACAGCACAGGUGAAUGAUACCGUGGCCAAACAUCUGGCCCUGGAAAUGGAAGAUGCAGGUUUAAAGCUCGCCCUGGGUGACAUCACAUUAUCCUUUCAUCAGCUGGCUCUUACAGACGCCAGCUCAUCACCAGAGCUGGCCCGAUCGCACCUCAACCAAACACAUCCCACAAACCACACAGGAGAGUGGGGCGAAGAACUAAUAAAACAGACAGAGGAGCUAGACCGACAAAUCCAGACUCAAGACGAUCUCAUCAGUAAGAUCCGAGGGGAGUCAGAGCCUCUAAGACAGACUACCAAUGACAAAAUAGAGACGAUGGUGAAUAACAGCAGUAAGCUACAUGCUCGCACUGAAGGGGCCAAGGUCAUGGCUUUGUCGUCCGUGGUGGCGGGGAAAGAGAUGGAAUCAGACGCAAUCACCCUGCACAGGGAACUAGAGUACAUGGUGAAGGAUUGGCCCCAACGUCAGGCCCAGACUCGAGCUGCGGUGAAAAAGGAAAAACCCCUGGAGGACAAAGUUCUAGCCGAUGUCAGGAAAAAGGUGUCCCAGAUUGAGAAGAUGCUAAAACCAGCGCUGGAGAACUCCAGCCUCUCCAGCAACACCUCGAAGGAGGCGGAGCUAACAGCACGUGCUGUGGCCAAGGAAUCCAAAGCCAUUCUGACCCAGGCCAAGCAUACCAGGACGUCCUCUGCUCACCUGAGCUCCCAUUUAGACUCUGCUUUACGCCAUCUAGCAGAACAGGAGACGCUAACUGACUUAGCAAACGCCCAGAUCACCUCAGAGCCUGAGGUUUCUCUGUCCAUGGUAAAGGAAGACAUGGAAGCAGCCAAGCUCCAGUUAAAAGCCUUUUCUGUUACACUUACUGAGCUUAUCAGCAAAAUUGACGGGAGCGUGCCGCAGGAGAGAUUUGACCGGAUCUUGGAUGAGACAGCGCGCCGUCUGAGCAUGCUCCGAGGCAGUGUUGAAAGCCCUACGCUCGGCUCUAAGAUCCACAAGCUCCAGUCUGCCGCUAAGGAGCAACAGAGCCGGAUGUCCCUUAUUGAACAGGACUUACAGGAGAUCAGGGAGGAGAGAGACAGUCUGAGGGACAUUGCCUUAAACCUGCCUCAGUCCUGUCCUCAGGCCACAGGAGCCGGCAAAGGCUAGAUAUUAGAGUCAUUGAUAAGACAGCUGAACAUCAUAAUGGUCUGGGAGGUUUCUUUUCUAUUAAAAGGCGCUGUGGUCAUUGUGUUAUUCUGCUUCAAAAGAGAUAUUUAAUAUCCUUUCUCUUAACAUCUUUUCCUCCCAGGCACAAUUUAUUUUACCUCUACACAUUUCCAACAAAAGCAACAGACAUAUCCUCUGUCUCCAAUGAUUUAUACCUAAUCUCCCUUCUGCAUUUUUCUGCAAUUUCUCUCUCCCACUUUCUUUUUCAUCAACAACAUCAGAAGUUUAAUUUCACCGUGAAUAAUAACCAGCCGAUCGGAGCUGCUGGAGUGCACUGUCAAGCUUAAAAGAAUGCUGAUGUUCCUCUGUGGGUGUAAAAGGUGUGUCUGAGAGCUCCUCCAUUCUGACACUUUCAUUUACACUUGAGCUCUUUUUCAUCAGCCCUACUUAAUUAACAAUUAGUCCUCAUGCCCUCGCUGGGGUUCAGGUCAGGCGUUUACAGCACACUACCUGUGUUUGGGAUCCUUACUGUGCCUACCUCUCUGUUUUCAAGGUUCCUCUUUUUUUCUUUUUCUCCGUCUCACUUUAGAAUUGUUAAAAAAAUUCCUUGUUCAUUUGACUACAGCUGUCACAGCUUCUCGUGACCAAAAUGUAAAUGCUCACUAGCUUUAAAAUGUGAAUCUUAUAUUGACAAGACUCAUGAUGUGAUUGUAUAAGAGGAGAUCUGCUUUUUUCUGUUUUUAAAGAAGCUGAAAACUGAUCAAAAUUCAGAAUCAGUCAUCAACAAGAUCCAGUUACACAUGUUAUUUUCCUUGUUAUAAUUUGGACCAUGUUUUCAAUGUGUAAGACCUUCAUAGAAACAAUUUCAGAAUAAAGUAUAAUUGAAAAGGUAAUUUUUCAUUUAAAAAUAUCCCUUUUUUAUUCUCAUUUUUAAUCAUUAAAGAGUGGAAUGGAAUGGCAAUGAAAAAGCUUCUCACGGCCAAACAUUUUCUGAUGAUGGUAUAGGAAUUGUAAGAAGUAAAAAAAAAAUAAAAAAAAACGAUCAAACAAGUUAUUACAUCCUUGGAAAAAGUGUAUGUGGUAUGUUUACUUUUAAAAGCUGAUAUUAGCUGUACAACCAAAGAGCUGAGUUUUUUUGACAUAUUAAACAACUUAAUUUCCUUUAACUAAAUGUAGCAAAGAAAGAAAUUCAGAGUAUUAAACAUAUGUCAUACCAUU